UCUGGCAACUUUUAAAACACAAUAUGGGGAAAUAAAUUAUUUGGGCCUGGCAAGGCUGAAUAUGCAUUAUUUAUUAUUUUAUUGUUGAAAGUUGAAAGUUGAAAUUGAAAUCCAGAUCCUGUAAUUUUUUGAGCAUUAUAAAACUAUUACCAAAUGGAUAUAAACACAGAUAUAAAACCAAGGUGCCAAGAUGUGAGUGAGGAGACUUGUAGAGCAGAAAUAUAUUGUAAGAGGGAUGAUUCAUUAUUGGACAGCUGUAAAAUUGAAAUUCAGGAAGAAUGUAAGAAAGAAAGUACACAUGAUACAUACGUUUAUUCAGACUUGGAGCAAUCUCCCAUAAAGAUUGAAAAGUUGGAUAUAAAACCAGAGGUCAGUGAGGAGCCUUAUAGGGAAGAAAUAUAUCAUAAUAAGAUGGAUUAUUCAUUAUUGGACACCUGUAAAAUUGAAGUUCAGGAGGAAUCUAAGGAAGAAAGUACACAUGAUACAUUCGUUUAUUCAGACUUAGAGCAGUUCCCCAUAAAGAUUGAAGCAAAACAAGAUGAAAGUAAGCUUACACCAGUUGAAGAAAUAGGAACAAAUGAAACAGAUAUCCAUAAAAUGGAAAGUUUACCGUCAACUAGUAAAGAAAAGAGAUGGUCACGACCCUUGACUGAGGAUGAACUUCUGGAUUUACUCAUGAAAGACGAUGACUCAGAAAUAUUACGUUUGUCAGAUGCUGAUGACGCCAACAGUAUUGCGGAUCUAAAUGACGUUUCCUCAGAAUUUGGCGAUGAUAUCCAAGAUAUUGAGGAAACUAUUUUUGACGGAUUGAUCCAAGAACAGAAGUCAACAGAAAGAGGUGAGUUAGAAAAUCUAGAAUAUCCCAAUGAAGUGACUACAGAACAACCAAUGUCUGAGGACAUGAAAACCAAAGAAAAUUCCAACCAAACCACUGAAAAACAAACAACUGCAAAGGAGAGACUGCUAGAGUUUUGUGAAGAGUUCAAACUCACAAAUAAGAAAGAUGUUUGUUGGAAAAAAAAUAUUACCUAUCUUACCAGGCCAGUACAGUGGUUUGUUCCAGAAGAAGUACAAGUUGAUGAAUUACCUGCUCCUAUUGAAUAUUUUAUGAAAUACAUACCUGAUGCUCUGUUUGAGAAGAUUUCAGAAAUGACUAACUUACAUGCCGUACAAAAAAAUAUUGCUCGGUUUUCUCCAUCAGAUAAAGAAGAAAUAAAGCGAUUUGUAGGCAUUCACAUUAUUAUGGGAAAUCUAAAAUUCCCAAGAGCAAGACUGUAUUGGUCCCAGCUUACAGGUAUUUCAAUUGUAAAAGAUAAUAUGACAUUCAAUCGCUUCUCUAAGUUGCGCAAUACCAUUCACUUAGUAGAUGUAACAGCAAGAGGUGACGAAACAGAUCGCAUGUGGAAAGUCCGAGAAAUAUAUAAUUCCAUUAGAAAUCGUUGUAGGGAACUUCAAACCGAAACAAAUUUGUGCAUUGACGAGCAAAUUGUUCCAUUCAAGGGACAGAUCAAUGUCAAGCAGUACCUCCCAAAUAAACCGAAAAAAUGGGGGAUCAAAUUAUGGAUAUUGGCUGGACAAUCUGGUACCAUUUACGAUUUCAUCAUAUAUCAAGGUGCUGAAACGGAAAUAAAAGAAAAUUAUGCACAGUUUGGACAAGGAGCUGGAACUGUGAUGCAGCUAGUUGAGAGAAUUGAAGAAACUCAUCACGGUUUGUACUUUGAUAAUUUCUUUAGUUCUUAUCACCUCUUUCAAUGGUUGAACAAUAAAUCUAUUAUGGCUGUCGGAACAAUUAGAAUAAACCGAUUUUUUGGACCAGAACUAACAUCUGAUAAAGAUCUAAAAAAAAAUGGUAGAGGUAGUUUUGAUGUAGCGGUUAGUGAAGAUGGAAUUGUGAUUACAAAAUGGUUCGACAAUAAACCAGUUUUAGUGGCUUCAAAUUUUGUUGCAGCGGGAAAAAUGGAUUUGUGCCAGAGAUGGGAUAAGACGUCGAAAGAGUAUAUAAAUGUAUCUAGACCGGAAGCCAUAUCGCUUUACAAUUCCAACAUGGGUGGUGUUGAUAAGUUAGAUUUUUUAUUGAGCGUUUACAGAUCCUACAGACGAUCCAGAAAAUGGACUGUACGUAUGAUAACACAUGCUAUAGAUAUGGCGAUAGUAAAUUCGUGGUUGGAAUAUAGAAAACAAGCUGAACUGCUAGGCGUACAACACAAUAAAAUCCUGGAUUUGUGGGACUUUAGAAUGAGUAUUGGGCAACACCUCAUUUUACAUAAGGUUCCACCAAAGAGAGGCAGACCAUCUGGUCAAGAAAAUACUGGUACAACAAAUAAUAAAAAAAACAAAACUGAAGCAAGGCCAUAUAUUGAAUUACGGUUCGACAGCUAUGGACAUUUUCCGAAAAUAGAUGAAAAAAAAGAUAGUACACGUUGCAAAAUGGAGAACUGUAAGGGAAAAUCACAUACAUUUUGCGUGAAAUGUAAUGUUCACUUAUGUUUUGUAAGCGGUCGUAACUGUUUUUUUAAAUUUCAUGUAAAAUGAUUAAUUCGUUAUUUACAAAGAAUAUUGUUCAUUUCGUCAUUCUAAUGAUAUUCAAAUAAAUUUCUAAAAUCUUCAGGUUUAUUUUAUUUUGCUUCAAGUCAUAAUGUCCAUCAACAUGGACAUGUCAUAUGCCAAGUGACAUAUGACAUAUAAAAAAAAAUGAUGUUAAAAUUAUCAACAAAAAUAGUUUAUUUUAUAUACCAAAUAUGAGAAUUUUCCCAUAGCUC